GCCAUUGGGCCCCUUGCCCGGAAGCGCGUGGCUGGUAGACAAUGAUCUCCCGCUGCGUCCAGCCACAGCCACGAUCCAUACGUGCGCGCCCGCCAUGGGCACGGCAAAGCGUCCUCCGGCCCCGGGACAGCCCGUAAAGACCGACACAGACGAGCCGGCGCCAGGCCUCGCAUCGACUGCCGCCACGGCGCCUCCUCCAGCCAAGCGACAGCGCGUCUCUCGUGCCUGCGACCAGUGCCGCAAUGCCCGUGAGAAGUGCGACGGCAUCAAGCCCGCGUGCUUCCCCUGCGCGUCCCAGAACCGUGACUGUACCUGGCAGGAGCCCAACCGCAAACGCGGCGUCCAGACGGGCUACAUCCGCACCCUCGAGGCCUCUCUAGGCUGGAUUUUCGACAAGUUCCCCGGCGCUGAGGAUGCUCUCCACGGCCUCAUCACCCACCAGGGCGGCCAGGGCGCCGCGCUCCUUGCCGACCGCCAGACACCCUCCAGCUCCCGUCUCCACCGCCGCUGGAUGCGCAGCUCGGUCCGCAAGGACAUCGACCUCGCACUCUCUGGCCGCAGCGACAACGACGAAGAAGGCGCACGGCCACCGCGAGGACUGGCCAAGGACAUGUCCGCGCAGCUCAGCUCAGACGAGGCUGACGAUGGCGCAUUUGGCAAUAUCGAGAUGGAUAUCAAGUUUUCGGGUCGGGCAGAAGACAGCGCGCUGCCGGCGGGCAAGUCACAGCAAGCACCAGGAAUGAACAGCACGACAGAUCCCUCACUAGUCCUCUUGCCAGCCGAGCCGCACUCACACUUACACAAGCAGAAUGCCCAGCUCCCGCCUCUGAGGCUGCCCCCAAACCAUUGGAGACUCCUCGAUGUCUACUUUGCCUACACACACGCAUGGUUUCCCGUGGCGGAGAAGCCCGAGCUGCUUCGGACAGUCUAUGCAUACCCAAGCCACGGUCUUUCACUCACGCGGCAUGAGCAAGGAUCGGGCGCCCACGCGGAGCUCUGGGCCGUUUUCGCGGUAGCUGCGCAUCAGGACUUUGCUUGGACGACUGCAGAGGGCCAAAGCCACGGUGUUGAGCAGUCGCCGGACGACAUCUACCGGACCGCACGAAAUCUGAUUCCUCUCGAGAAUGGCACCUUCGAGAUUGGUCAUAUCAAUGCUCUGGUCCUUCUCUCACAGAUCAGCUUAGGACGACAGAACCUGACGGCAGCAUGGAUGUUGACGGGCAUGGCUGUUCGCAUCGCUCUCCGUCUCGGCCUCCACCGGGCCUCACAUCCCAGCAAAAGCCGGAGACAGACGCAUGCCUUCAUGGGUUGCUUUAUUUUAGACUCACUGAUCUCUGCUAUGCUCAGCUCGCCGCCGCAUCUGCGCUCAUCGGACGUGUCUGUGGCUGUAUCUGCCCCAGAGAGCGACCUUGACGAGUGGCAGCCAUGGAACCCUUGUGUUGGCUUUGGCAGCUCAGGGACGCAGGCCGCGCUUUCGCGAAAUCCGGCACACACCAUCAGCUCCUUCGUCGCUCUGUCUGAACUACAUCGAGUCCUGACUUCGCAGCUGCAUCGCCCCGCAACGCACAAGGCCGGCUUGAUGGCCGAAGAGCUGCUCCCCCCAGAUUCUCCAUAUCUGGCUGAGCCACUGAGCCAGCAGGCUUAUCGCGAGUUUGUGAUUGCGGGCGAACCCCUGGCGGCACCAAAUCCUCCAGCAUAUAUGCUGCGACUGGCUUAUCUGUGCAUCGAGGCUCGAAUCAGCUCAGCCCAAAACGCGAGGGCACGAGCUCAUACGCUGGCUGCCUGUGCCAACCAGUAUGUCGAGACUUUUGGCAUAUGCGGGCUUCCACCCCUCUUCUCGUCCUACCUCUACAUAGCAGGGGAGCUUUCUCGCAGGGAUGGGGCAUCGCCUCAGCUCGUGCCUAUUUCGGCUGAUCUGCCCGCAGCAGCGCGGAGGGUUUGGGAUCCUUCCGGAACGGCCAACGCGCAGGCUGCCACGCACCCAGGCCACAGUCCGUAUCCCCAGGGUCUCCAUGACCUGUUGCUCGAGAACAAUUCCAAAACUCAGGCACAACAGCAGCUCCCCACACCCACGUCCACGUCGUAUCAGGCCGACGCCAUCUCGGAUGCGGCCAACUACAAGAAGGCAGGUGUUACGAGGGACGCGUUCCAGGCCGCACCACCAACAUCGAGCUUGCUCAAUUACGGGCAUGACGCCGGCCCUAUGGGCAUGGCCCCUCCCAAUAUGGAUAAUUCCGUGCUCUUUGAUCAAGUCGACCUAGCCAACAGCAUUGCGUCAGGCGCCCAAUUCCUAGCCGCGCAUCGGCCCAGUUUCGGUAGCACUGGGAAUCUCGACCACGACGCCAUCUUGGACGACCUCGCGCUCAUAGAUCGCCCCGAUAUGAUUGAAUCCGAGUCCCUCUUCAUGGCAAACCUCGGCUUCCCUGCCACGCACGUGGCACACUACCCGCAAGACUUUAUGGAGUUUUCGUGAAAUACGAACGCGACCAAGCUGCAAGAGGGACCUUCAAGAUCACAGUGAUUGCGCUCACAAUCUAACAAGUGUGCGGCUGAAACCAUGCACGGCCUAGGUCGUGCCAUGCGACGAUC